AUGCAUGUUGCGCGCUCUAGACUGCGGGACAUAAAACCAAUUCGAAUUGUCUCGAAUUGCUCGAAAACCCCGUCAGGCACCUUCGUGUGUUUCACAUCCCGAGGUGUCGCCGUCGCCGAGGAGCCCACGAUGUUUAAAAAGGCAGUGAAAGAUCAUCCGGGAGCGUCUUCCAAGCCUCUCCAGUCGAACUUGCUACGGGCAAACACAGUCGUCCCUUCCAAGUCCCCAAUGCAGUCGGCCGGUGUCAAGCGAAAAAUCGAGAUGACGAUGGGCGGGGAAUCCGCGCUGGGCUCUCUCCACAGCGCAGUCUAUUUCGACGAAAAUGACUUCGACGAUGACCUCGAUCUCGACGUUGAUGAACCCCAGCCACUCAUCACGUCAAGUGCAGUCGCAUCGAACCUCCCGGAGCCGGAUCCCGUCGCUUAUCCCGCCCUCGACAGUAUUUCCUCGAAAGUCCCGAAGACAGAGCGCACGAAACGGACUACUAGCGACAAGCAAGCAUUGGAUGUUAAAUAUCCGGACUUGCCUUCUUCCCAUGAGGGGGCUGCGCCGUCGAGUAGCAUACAAAUCCCAUGGUCAUCCUCACCCCCUUCUCACCUCCAGCCGCCUCCUAAACCUCGCACGCUGCCAUGGCUGAAGGAAGUACAGGAAGAGCCACACCAAGCAAACUCGGGCAAAAAGAUGAACCUGGUGACUCCGAAACGUUCGAAGCCUACCGAUUUCUGGAACAAGUCCGCGAGCGCCAUCAAGGAAGAGCAAAAGGAAUUGCGACGGGAGUCCAAGAAGGUACAAAAGCCCAGUGGAAAGCCCAAAGCGGAAGGCCCUUCCAAGAUAGCCACUGUCUUCCUCAGCGAUGAACAGCGGGCUGUUCGCGAGGCCGUUGUCGAGGGUGGGAAGAGUAUCUUCUUUACAGGUUCGGCAGGAACCGGAAAGUCGGUCUUGAUGAGGGAAAUCAUACAAAAGCUGCGCGUCAAGUACAAGAGAGAGCCCGAUCGUGUGGCCGUGACAGCCUCAACAGGCCUCGCAGCCUGUAACAUCGAGGGCGUUACCCUUCACAGCUUUGCUGGGAUUGGGCUGGGCAAAGAGGCUGUGCCUGAACUGGUUAAAAAAAUUAAAAGGAACCAGAAAGCACGGAAUCGUUGGUUACGCACCAAGGUUCUGGUUAUCGAUGAAGUGUCCAUGGUAGAUGGAGAUCUGUUCGAUAAACUGGAAGAUGUUGCCCGGCGCCUUCGAAACAAUGGCCGUCCGUUUGGCGGAAUCCAACUUGUCGUCACCGGCGAUUUUUUCCAGUUGCCUCCCGUGCCAGAUGGAAGCAACCGCGAGGCCAAGUUCGCGUUUGCAGCUGCUACAUGGAAUACGUGUAUCCAACACACCAUUCUUCUGACUCAUGUUUUCCGUCAACGAGACCCCGAAUUCGCCGAGAUGUUGAACGAAAUGAGACUGGGCAAAAUCAGUCCCCGCACAAUUGAGGCGUUCAAGCAGCUUUCUCGGCCGCUUGAUUUUCAUGAUGCGCUCGAAGCAACGGAACUGUUCCCCACGCGGGCUGAGGUUGAGCACGCCAAUACGGCCCGAAUGACAAGACUGUCCGGCGAUGUGUGGAAAUUUGAGGCUGUGGAUACCGGCACCAUCCAAGACCAGCAAUACCGUGACAAACUGCUGUCGAAUUGCAUGGCCCCUAAGUCCAUCGAACUCAAAAAGGGUGCCCAAGUCAUGUUGAUCAAAAAUAUGGAGGACAACCUUGUGAACGGUUCCAUUGGACGAGUGAUGGGCUUCAUGAACGAGGAAUAUUUUGACUGGCACUGCAAAAAUGAAGGCAGCUUUGGGGCCGAGGACGGCGACGACAGCAAUACCGACAAAUCCCGGGAAAAGUUCAAAGCUAUGAUGCACAAGGAAGGGGUCCGCGAAGCCCGAAAAUGGCCGUUGGUGUGUUUUAUUCAACCCGAUGGGACGGAGAGGCACCUACUCUGCCAGCCGGAAAGCUGGAAGAUCGAGCUCCCCAAUGGUGAAGUCCAGGCCCAACGUCAGCAGGUCCCGCUGAUUCUGGCCUGGGCACUGUCCAUCCACAAGGCGCAGGGACAGACCCUCCAGCGAGUCAAAGUCGACCUGGGCCGCGUCUUUGAGAAAGGACAGGCUUACGUUGCACUGAGUCGGGCCACUUCCCAGGCCGGGCUGCAAGUAACCCGAUUCGAGCCGCGCAAGGUGAUGGUACAUCCCCGAGUGGUGGAUUUCUACAAUAACCUGGUGUCGAUCACCGAGGUCGUCAAACCCAAGACUUCUCGCGGUGACGCUGAGGAUGAGUAUAACAGUCUCGAUGAGUUCUGA